AGAAUAUCUUCAGAAUAACCCUAGUCAUCUCCUGGCAACACUUAUUUCUUAUCACUAUUUGCUAUACAUCUCUGCUUCUAUUCAUAAUACUGGACCUGUAUGGGCAACUUGGCAAUAUCCGAUGGAAAUGUUAUGUGAAAUGCUAUUACCUCUAACUGAAGUAAAUCAUAGAAUUUUUGAAAAAGAACCGGAGAAAAUAUCGAAUUAUUCUGAAAGCCGCGUUUUUGCAAUUGAGGGUGUUGAAGAAGAGUUGUACUCACCAUCACGCAAAUAUUAUAUGAAUAGAACUGAAACACAACGUCUCAGAACUUAUUAUAUGAUAGCAUUAAAUAAAAGGGCAAAUCAGCUUAUAGCCAAACUCAUGGUUGAUCGAAAUGCUCAUCAUAAAAAUGCUCUAAUUAUCAUGGAUGAACGUGAAUUUUUUGGAGAGGUUCAAUAUUUUUUUUCACACCAAUACAAUGAUAACUGGUCUAUGCUAGCCUAUGUACAAUGGGUACGAAAUCCCCAGCCUUCUGGAUAUGAUCCAUUGAAGUUUCAGAAUCUUGAUGCAUUUGAAGUAAUUAAUGUUAGUGCAAUUUGUAGAAGUGUUGGAUUUCUCAAAAUGCCAAACAAUGAGAAUUAUAUCAUCGAUCGAGAAAACCAGAUUAGAUUCUAA